AGAUGAAUGCACUUGACGAGCAAAAGAAAAACGGAGACAUGGUUUUUCUUCAAACUCAGUUUGUGUCGGGAUUCCUUCGUUACUACCAAAAGUUUCAUUUGAAUAAGGUUUUUCGCACCUCUGGAAAGAUACGCGGUACAACAAGAAGAGAGGCAGACGCGUGAUUGCGACACGAGCCGCGGUUUGCGGCCGCGGUUUGUUAGCGCAAGAACAACACCUCCUCCUGAAGGCGCUUGAAAAUCACCUUCGAGAAGGGACCAAAACUCCUUACCCGUGAACGAUUUCCGGAAGCCGCCAAAAAGGAACCAUGUUUAUCGGCGCAAUCUUCUUCUCGCAGCUGCUAUGUCGUUCCACGUCCGUGCACGCUAUAAUCAUACACCAGUGACCCUGAGCAGUUCAAGAAAUAUAUUAUAAUUUAAGUGAGCAUAUCAUACCUCGAUCAACUCAUACUAGACCAGUUGCGGGAAUCUGAUAGCACCAGCUCAUCGUAGACCAGUUGCGG